AUGGAGCGGCAUGGCCACAGUGAGCGCCUUUGUGGGGAUGCGGUUGCGGCGAGCAGCGGAAGUACACAGCGAGCCACCGGAACCGAGCAUGGUGAUAUUUAUUUCCGCGAGUUGCUUGACAUUGCAUCGACAAUGGCACAUGGGAAGUUCAUGGGAUCUGAGGACCCUUCAGAGGGCUUUGAAAGUGCAGAUAUGUAUUGGACAUCGGCGAUUGAAUCAUGCGACCUAAUUUAUCGUGACUCCGAGGUUGCACUCUUCCUCGGCACUUUGGAUGCUGCUGUCGACUUGGGAAAGUUGGCAUCGUCGAUGGUAAAGGCAAGCUGUGAAUCCAACAAGGAAGUGGAUAUCGAGUCAAUCACAGACCAUGUUUCUGGUGAAGUGGCGCGGGUCAAGAAAUUGAUUCCGCCCCCUCCGUCGUUGGUCGAUGGUAUGUCAGUCUGCCAUACCAAGCACUCCGAUGGAGAGUCGCGGAACCGUGAGAUGCCUUGUGUACCAGACCAAGAGCAUCGAACGCGUGAUUCUACGACACAUUAUUAUCCCCCCCUUCGCGGCAUUAUCAAUUGCUGCGCAUUUGAUAAACAUUCUGCCAGGUCUAAUCGCUUGAUCGACGUACAUAAAAGAGAGGCGUACCCUGGCGACACGCUUAAAUUCUAUAGCAGAGAAUGGGGCCAAUUGCGUUCUGUUGCUUGUGAUGGAAAUGCAGGCCGUGCAAGUGAAUCGAAGCGUACAGAUCUUCUCGAUUACAGUCCUCCCAGAGGGCAGCUGUCCUCAGGUUUGUUGUGCCAUCCCCAUCCGCCACAUUAUUUGGAACUGAGAGCGACAGACACAGAUACAUAUAACAUUUCGAAGCAUUUUCAUGAGGUCUGUGAGUUUGUGAAAGGCAUCGCAAACGGUGGGGCAGAGGCAGGAGCAGAUGCUACCGCGAGGCGCGGCGUGAGCAGCAGCGGCGCGAGCAGUGUGUAUGUUCAUUGCGUCGUUGGGUCUAACCGAUCUGCGACGAUCGUGUGUUGCUUGCUUAUGUGGUUGAAGGGCUGGAGUGCAAAGCAAGUGGUCAGCUUGGUAUCCCUGAGACGGAGGUGCAGGAUUCUGACCAACCGUUCGUUCAUCAGAGCACUCAUUGGAUGGGAAAAAGAGCUCGCUGCAGCUAGUACACCUGGCAAGAGUCUGCAACAUCGCACGGGCCAUGGAGUCGAGCAUUCAGCCUCAAACCAGGCAGCGAGAACCGUUGACAGCUUGGUCUAG